UGAAUGGGGGGAGGAGGUGUACCAGAGUCUGUCUGCUUCUCAUGUUUUCUGUUGACUCAAUUAUGGUGCAGAUCUCUUAUUUUCUAAUCAUCUGUUCUUGAGGGAAAAAGUAAAGGUUUUUUUUUCCACAUUUAGAGACAUGCUUAUAAUUUGAGACUUUGGAGCUUUUUUUCAGUUUGAGUCUUUAUUAUUAUUAUUAGAUUUUUUCUAAUAAUCGAUCUCCCCCGCCGCAAACCUGAAGUUCAUCGUUAUUAUUUUAGCCGCCGGGAUGGUGGCCUUCAUCGGAGCGGUUAUCUGCAUCAUCGCAGCUGUCCACACCGGAUCCUCCAGGGCUGCCGCGGCUCAACAGAGACCCCCGGCCGACAACCACUCUCUGUAUCCGGACGCGCAGAGCCCGGGUGGUUCGGGCUCUGUGGCUCGGCCCGGAUCUCUUGGAGCUCUCCAUGGUUCUGAAACACCCGAUUCAGAAGCACCCACAUUCAAUAUUGGGAUAGGUGGGCUGGACGGGGUCAGUGGACUCACCGGACACGACCCCACGGUGAGUCGACUCAUCUGUACACCGAUACCAGCUGGAGAGUGCAACCCGAAAAACUUUCAGCAACAAGCGGACGACCCGUCGCUGUACGCCGGGGAAGACUGGGGGUAUCUUCGCACCACCGCAGAGGAGCUCCGGCAGACCGUGCUGCAGCAGAAGGACCAGAUACUGACGGACCAGAGGACCAUCCGGGAGCUGACGGGGAAACUGUCCGAGUGUGAGAAGGGGUUGGACGGCAAGAGCAGCGCGGAGAGACGAAGCAGCGCUGCGGGGCUGUGGGGGGGCAAAGGCACCGCGGAGGAGACUCACCUGGAGCGAAUCAUGGUGCGGGACAGCCCGGGUUCGACACCUGAGAGCGUCCACCUGCUCACCGUGAGGGCUGUGGAUGAAUUGGAGCAGGCAAUCAAUCAGCUCAAAGACCGCAUAGAGAAACUGGAGGCAGACAUUGGCCCAUUUACUCACAACCAGACGGACAGCACCACCUCAGGAGCGCCAGAAGAAGGCGUGACGACCGGCGGCCAAGAAAGGUUGGCUGAUCCGGGGCACAGAGCUGGCGCCGAGAGGCCCUGGAGGAUGGAAGACUUGGAAGGUGAGCUGGAAAGAAAGGUGGAGCUGCUGGAGAAAGAGAAAAGAACCCUGAGGCUGGAAACAGAGAAACACAGAGAAGAAAUCGACCACGGCAUUAAUAAACUACACCACCGAAUCUCAGGACUGGAGGGAGGUGUCUCAGGGCAUUCUUUCCCAGAGGGAUACAGGCUGUCCUUUCCGACUCGGACGAACUACAUGUACGCUGUUGUGAAACACUCCAUCCCAGCGCUGCGGGCUUUAACCAUGUGCCUGUGGCUGCGGCCCGCGGAGGGAGGGAUCGGGACGCCUCUGUCUUACGCUGUUUCCGAACAACCCAAUGAACUGGUGCUGCUGCAAGGCCUGCACACCCCCGCUGAGCUGCUCAUCAAUGAUAAGGUGGUGCAGUUGCCUCUUAACCUCUCUAAAGGCAGCUGGCAGCACAUCUGUGUGACAUGGAGCCAAAAGGGAGGAGCCUGGCAGGCCUACCAGGGGGGAAAGCUGAGGGGCGAAGGUCACGGACUGGCAGCGGGACAUCACAUCAAACCUGGAGGAGUGCUCAUACUCGGGCAGGAGCAAGAUUCCCUAGGUGGAGGUUUUGACUCAUCCCAGGCCCUGGUUGGAGAGCUAUCCCAGGUGGGUCUUUGGGACCGGGUUCUGUCUUCCAACCAGGUGGCUAGCUUGGCCCGCUGUGGCAGAGUAACCCAGGGCAGUGUGGCCCCCUGGACCGAGAGCGGAGUUGAGGUUUACGGUGGAGCAACGAAGGACCCGGGGGAGCCUUGUAGUAAACACAACAGGAGCUCUCAAUGACCAUAGGGGGAAUGGGAAGUGAAGGGAGGGGUAGAGUUGUAGUUGGGGGGGAGUUUUUAAACAUCUCUGUGGCAUGGACUGACAUCGUAAAUCGAAAAUGUAAGUUGAGGCGAUGCAGUUACUUUACCACACUUCUAGCAACCACACCUAAGGCAAUCAGUGAGCUCCACUGGAAAAUGUGUGCAAUACGAGAUGAGAUUUGUCAUAAAUAUAGCUGUAUUUUUGUUUGGACUAUUCACCAUAACUUAAAAAUUCAAAUAUGAUGUAUAUAUUGUAAUAGAUUUGUCUCGAGAUUCAGGCGACACUAAACUCUAUUUGGUUAUUUGUCGUAGCUCAUCAAAGCUAGCAGCAAGCCAUGAAUGUUGAUGCUAAUAUGUGACUACAAGCAAACAAUUCAACCUUCUGUUAGCUAUGAAUCAGUGAUUCAUGUGUAAGCAAUGACACAGUGAAUGUUUGCCUACCAAUAAUAGUAUGCUAGCUAACAGACUGUCACUUUAUCAACUUUAAAGGAAUUGUUAAGCAUUUUGCUCAGCUAGCAGACAAAUCAGUAAGCACAAAUGUGAAUAUCAAGAUUUGAAUGCCAGCACACAAUUGAACCUUCUGCUAGCUAUGAAUCAGUGGUGAACGUGCAAUGAUGCAAUGAUAGUUUAGCUUACCAAAACUAGCAUGUUAGCUACCUUACCAACUGUCAAUAUCUUACCUUUUAAAGAUAUUUUUCAACUUAAUACCAUUCUCAUGUCUGUACAGUGAAUAUUAAGCUAUCGUCAGCAGCUGGCUAACUUAGCUUAGCAUCUUUAUGCUACGGGUAACUGCUCGUGCUAGCUUCAUACUUAGUGCGUAUUCAUGGGAGUGUUAUCAUACUUCUUAUCAAA